UGCACGCAGAGCUCGCAGCCCUUCUCUCUGCGCCGGGGACUUUAUCUCCUGGUAGCCCGGUGACCUCAUGAUCUGCUCUCUAACCCCAGGAUGCCAGCUCGAAAGCCAAGGAUAGAGCGUGCCAUCGGUUCACGUCAUCACUCCCCAUCAGCGCUGCCAUGGCAAAACUAGAGACAAGAUCCGUCCUCGGUGACCCUUCCUACCAGAGCCAAGACUCCUUCCACCCUUUUGGUACCAGGUCCUCCGAGUCCCCUUCCCAAGGCACGAUGGGAAGCGUUGGCAGCGGAGUCGCGAACGACCAAGAGUUUGCAAUGAAGAGCGUAGGCACUAGGACUCAGAACAGCUUGAAGCAAAACGACAACUCCAGGAACGGGUACUCAAACCGGUACUCCGGGGAGGAAAAAGCCUACAAGACGGAAAAAAACUCAAACGCUAUGUAUAUCAAUGGGGAGCAGCGCAAGAGUGAGAAGAUGAACAACGAGCCUUUGGUCAGACCAUCAGCCUUCAAGCCCGUGGUCCCAAAAAAUUUCCACUCCAUGCAGAACUUGUGCCCACCGCUAAACAACGGAGCGACCGAGAACCGGAAAAGCUCCAACCAUGGCAACGGUAACAGUCCGGCUGCUCUAAAAAGCGGGCACGAGAAGGCUAGUCACAAUCGGUCAUCCAACCAAGUAGGAGGCCUCUCGGAUUCUGGUCGUAACUCACUAACAAGCUUACCGAGCUAUGGGACUGGGUACAGCCAGCAUGUUGGCCCAAUGAGCGCAUCGACGAGCCAUAUAAACCGCAUUGGGACCACCUAUGUGGAAAAGAACAUAGUGGGUUAUAAUGGAAUUUCUACCUCAGAUAGUGGACGAUCUUCCAGCAAAAGCACUUCCUCGUUCAGCAGGCUCAAUCAUCUCAAUGAACCAUUGCCUUUCCACUCGCCUUCGAGUGAUGACAUCAUACAAGACCUGGAAGAUCGACUUUGGGAGAAGGAGCAGGAGGUCAUGCAGAUGAAGAGGAGCUUGGACAAAAGCGAGGCGGCCAUUUUCCAAGUCUUUGAAGAAAAACAAAAGAUAUGGGAACGUGAAAUGGAGGACUUGAGACAGAAUUAUGCCAACAAACUUCAGCAGGUCUCGAAAAAAGCCCAACGUGCCCAGCAGGCUCUGCAGCUACAAGUGUUCAAGCUUCAACAGGAGAAGAAAAAGCUGCAAGAAGACAUCUCACAGCUCCUCCAAGAAAGGGAGGAUAUGGAGAAAAAAUGCAUGGUUUUCAAGAAGGAGCAGGCUGAAUACCUACCCAAGAUCGAGGAAACAAAGUGGGAGGUAUGCCAAAAAGCUGGUGAGAUAUCCCUACUGAAGCAGCAGCUCAAGGACUCCCAGGGCGACGUUUCUCAGAAGUUAAAUGAGAUAGUUGGGUUACGAACCCAACUUAAGGAAGCUAAGGCCUUUCUUAGAGAAAAAGAAGAACAGAUUUCGUCGAUGAAAGAUUCCUACAGCUCCAAGAGCGUCAGCCUUGAGAUCUGUGAGAAUGAAAUCCAGAGAAAGCAAAGUGAAGCCCAGCAAAUGAAGGAAAAACUAAGCCAGUGUGAACAGGAGAUAGCUGGCUUGAAGGACGCACUUUCCAACCUUGGCCAUAAUCCGUACGAUGCAGAGGCCAACGAAAAGUUGGUGGACGCUCUCUCAUGCGAGAGUGAUGAAGCCAAGAUGCAACGCCAAAACGAGGACAGCGGGAUCUCCAUGAAGAAGGACAUAGAGAAACUUCAGCUGGAGCUGGCGCUAGAGAAGCAACAAAAGGAUCAGCAGGUGGUGGAGUUUGAGGAAGAGCGGCGAACCUGGCAAGAAGAGAAGGAAAAAGUGAUUAAGUACCAGAAACAGCUGCAGCUUAACUACGUAGAAAUGUAUCAGAAAAACCAACAGCUGGAGCAAAGGAUCAAUGAAAUGACUGCUAAAGUGACCACGCCGCCAGCUGAAGACAAAAAGCCCUGGACACCUUCGAGGCUAGAGAGAAUAGAAUCCACUGAGAUAUGAUGGACCAAGCUUUCGCAGCUAGUGUCUCACUGUGCAUGUGCUACCUACUCCAAGUCAUGGUCAUCCAGAGAAGAACGGUCAAAGAAAUCCUUUCGUUAUUGAAGGGUUCAGCAAUGACAUUCCUACCAGGCCCUUCAAGUGCUUUAGAAGGUACAUGAGCAGAAGAACAAGCGCUUGCUGUAAUCCUGAUGAAACAUGUGGCAUAAUCUCUGUGCUAUAGGUCUGUUUAUGUCCUU